GUACUGGCUUGGUGGUGGGUAGAUGCAAGCCGCCUCCCUGCCAGGGCAGAGGCUGAUCGCCAAGCGUGGCGAAAGCAAGCAGACGAGGUCCAAGCCGAAGUUCUGAAGGCAGAACAGCAGAAGUACGAAGCAGCGCUUCAGGCCCAGACUGAGGAGCAGAAGAGGCACCAGCACCGACUCCUUGUCGAGCGGAAAAAGGCCCUGAUAAAGGCGAACGAGUCGCGACAUAAAGCCCAGGAGCUACGAAAGCGA